UAAAAUUAGUCGUUAAACGAAAAAAAGCUUGCGAAGAAGAAGAAAAUGGCGGAUUUGGUUUUGAGUUCCUCUGCACAGUCCUCUCUCCUUCACGUCAGACCUAAUCUCUUCUUACUCAAUACCUCAACUGCUUCACCGAUCCGAACUCUCAGAUUCCUCAAUUCCGAUGGUUUUCAUCCUCUAGCGUUCGCAUCUGGUCAUCGACGACUUCCUCUUACUGCUGUAGUUCACUCUUACUCGAAGAAGACGAUUACUGCUAACUGCGUUGGUUCAGGAGUCAAAGCUGUUGAAGUUGAGCCUACGAUCGAUUACGGUGGUGGUGGUGGUGGAAUUGGGGGUGAUAAAUUUGGCGGCGGUGGUGGAGGCGGCGGCGAUGGGAAUGACGACGAAGGUGAUGGUGAUGAGGAGGAGAGUGAUGGAAAGAAGAAUACGCCUUUGUCUAUGUCCCAGAAGUUGACUCUUGGUUACGCUUUUCUUGUUGGAGUUGGUGGACUGAUGGGUUAUCUGAAGAGUGGUAGCCAGAAAUCACUACUUGCAGGUGGACUGACAGCUGCUGUUCUACUCUAUGUGUACACCCAGCUCCCAACAAAACCAGUUCUUGCAUCAACCAUUGGCGUAGUGAUGGCGGGUGCAUUAACGUGGGUGAUGGGAACCCGAUACAUGAGAUCGAAGAAGAUAUUUCCUGCGGGAGUCGUAUCAAUCAUGUCUUUUAUCAUGACCGGAGGAUACAUACACGGUAUCAUGCGUAGCCUUCACUAAGCAGCAGCAGCAGCCAACACCCUCGAGUCUGUUACAAAGCGUUUGUCUCUGACCUUUUUCUUCUUUCUGUGUGUCUCACGGUGUAAAGCAGCUUUGCUACUUUGUUUUGUAUGAACCAUCUUUGUCAUCGAUUUAGCUCUGUGGCCAGAAUCCAAACUUAAAAUGUGUUUUUAAUUUUACAAGUUCAUGAAAAUAUUAACUAUC